AUUUUGUUGACUUGAAAACAAAGCAAGAAAUCAGUGCCCGAGUCAGUCCAUACCCAUCACACCGUUGGAUCCCAAAAACUUUCCAAUCUGAGGGUGCCCAUUGCUCCGAUGCAGAACCGUUUGGGUGCAGCGUCAUCUCCUUCCUCAGAACGAACCAAGCAGAGACAACCCUUCUUCCUUUAACUCACUUUCUCUCUCUUCACAAAAAAAAAAAAAGAAAAAAAAUUCAAACCAAACCCUAAUCUCAAAUUGAAUCCCUUUUGGCAAGGUUUAUCUCCGAAUCUACUUCUCCUUCAGACCCAGAUCGCUUUUCUUCAGACCCUAAUUCUACAUCUCCAAAUUUUCGAUCUUUCUGUGCCUCCGAAUCAUGGAGAAGGAGGAGAAAGAACCAGGCAUUCAGAAAAGUGGAGGCGAAAUCGAAGAAGCCGAACCCAUCGAGCUCGUUCUGUUUCAAGUGCCUGAGUGUUACGUCUACAUAAUACCUCCAAGAAAGAGGGCAGCUUCAUAUAGAGCUGAUGAAUGGGAUGUCAACAAAUGGGCAUGGGAGGGGAUAUUGAAGGUCACUAGCAAGGGAGAAGAAUGCAUCAUAAAACUUGAAGAUAAGAGCUCAGGUGAAUUAUAUGCUCGGGCAUUUUUAAGAAAUGGAGAGCCGCAUCCAGUGGAGCCUGUUAUUGACAGCAGCAGAUACUUUGUUCUUCGCAUUGAAGAGAACAUAGGUGGUCGCCUCCGACAUGCUUUUAUUGGCAUAGGAUUCCGAGAAAGAACGGAGGCUUAUGACUUCCAAGCUGCCUUACAUGAUCAUAUGAAAUAUCUGAAUAAAAAGAAAACUGCUGAGGAAAUGGAACAACAUUACCAGCAAACUUCCUCGGUUGAUUACAGUCUGAAAGAAGGAGAGACUCUUGUGCUGCAAAUUAAGACCAAUAAAAGUGACAGCAGUGUGAAGUCCAAGUUUUUUGAGCAGGGUCUGAACAAAUCCCCAGAAGAAAGGAAUGGAAAAAAAGAAUCUCUAACUAGUAUUAAGUUACCACCACCUCCUCCAGCACCACCUUCACCUGUUGUCACCCCGCAGAAGUCUCCAACAGACUCACCUACAAAGCUAAGCCUUGAUAAGUCUUUUAAUGCUGAUAUUCCAAAAACGGUUGAAGAUGACCCAGAACACGAGAAUUCUCCUGAAGAUCAAAGCACACAGGAUGUACCAGAUGAUGAUUUUGGCGAUUUCCAAGCAGCAGGUUAAGCUGUCCACCAUCGUGUGGCUUGAAUUGGUGAUGGUUAGGAAACAUGCAAAAUCGUUGAUUCCUUGAACGUCUGCUUUAUACCACAGACUUGUAAUUCAACUUGGAGAUUCAAUUGUGUCUUUCCAGACAGGAAGAAAGUAAAUCCUACAUAUCCUCCAACAAAACAUCAUUAAAGAAUCAACCUAUAUAUGCUUUGUAAUCGGUGAUUGUUUUAGUUACUAUGCGGGCUACUACUACUGUGAGAGUUUUUCCUUCAUCUUGAGUCACUUUAUUUCUGUUUUGUGUUCUGUUUAUAUUUGUUGAUAGCAUACUUUCUGUUAUGAUGAAUGAAUGAGAUUGAGUGUUUAUGAA